GUCGGCUCGUAGUUUUAAUAAACAAAGUACGUUUCUAUAAAUCGACUUUCUUUUUCCCAAAAAGGCUUUAAAGUCUUCUUAAUUGCCCUUAAUAGACAGCAUGACUACACUGGAUGAUAAGUUAUUAGGUGAAAAAACUCAUUACUAUUGUAGCAGUAGCAGUGAGGAUGAAGGAGAAGAAGAAUCUAACAAAGUUUCUCAAAUUGCGAGCCCAACAUUCAUUCCUUCUCAGGAAUUGAACGAAUGGGAUGGUUCUGCUGCAAAUACUGGCCCUAAAGGAGUCAUUAAAGAUUGGCAAAGGUACAAACAGUUAGAAACGGAGAAGCGUGAGGAACAAGAUCAAGAAAAACUGGCAUUAAUGAAAAAACUCUCUCUAACUUGUCAAUCUGUUAAAGAUGAAGAAAAAUUACAACGCCAGGAAGAAGACUUGGAGAAAGAAUUAGCUGAGCUGUUCGAUGAUAAAAUAUUAGAAGAAUUUAAACUCAUGCAUAUGCAACAGAUGAUAAACCAGCAUUGUAAACCUUCAAAAUAUGGCAGUGUAUUUGAGAUCAACAGCGGACAAGAAUAUUUGGAUGCUAUUGAUCAAGCUGAGAAAUCAACAACUGUUAUUAUGUACAUAUACAGCGAGCGAGAAAAAAUUAAUAAACUGAUGCAUCAAAGUGUGCAGAUUCUUGCAAUAGAUUAUCCUGAAGUAAAAUUUUGCUGUGUAGAAGUGUCUGUCGCGGGGUUAAGCAGACACUUUGAAAGGAAAGGUGUUCCUGCUAUUCUUGUGUACAAAGGUGGUGUUCUUAUGGGGAAUUUUGUUCGUAUUACUGAUGAAUUGGGUGAUGAAUUUGUUACUUCAGAUUUAGAAAAUUACCUCUUGGAACAUGGUAUGUUGCCUGACCACAGUCUAUUGUUCUCAUCCUUAAGGAAAGCUGCAAAUGACGAUAAAAAUGAUGACUCAGAUUCUGAUUAG